AUGGUUGACUACUAUCAGAAACAUUUUGAGUCUUUGUUCUCUCCAGUUACUCUCUCUUUGGAUACUGGAUUUCAUCUAGCUGUGCACAGCAACGAAGAGCAACCACUUAAAGAUUUACUUGAAAUCAUGGGGGGAAGAGAAUUCACUUUACCGGAGACACGAAACAAAUUUGGAAAUACGGUUCUUCACGAGGCAACCAUCUAUGGGAAUUAUGAGGCUGUAAGACUCUUGGUGGAACGUUGUCCAGACCUCCUUAAGGAAAAAAAUAACUACGGUGAAACCCCACUGUUUACAGCUGCUGCAUUUGGUGAGGCAGAAAUAGUGGAGUUUUUAAUCCGUUCCGAACCAGAACAAUGCGUGUUUGAUAAAAACCGCCUAUUUCCAAUUCACCGCCAGCGAUGGAAAGAUGGUGAUGUGGACCGGGUUGGUAUCAGAGCUCGAUUAGUUAUCGUCGUUAUGGCACCAAAAAGACGCGCGAACCUACCGAACCUUCAUGAACAACCAUUGGAUGAAGUCUACGAACGCGAUGUGAUUGCACGACUACAACAGCAAGUCGAGACGUUAACGCAGCAGUUAGCAGCGUCAAUGGCUCAACAUCAGGAUCCAAAUCCACAAGACGUGGAAGAGGAGUCUGAAGGUGAUGAAAAUCCAUUCGCCCAUCAACCAGUCCAGAGGAGACCAGCGCAUGAUGAAUCAAGGCGCUGGGAGACAGGCCUCAAGGUUGACAUACCAGAGUUCCAUGGUGGUUUGCAAGCGGAUGAGUACCUCGACUGGAUCAAUACAGUAGAUGAAGUUUUAGAGUUUAAACAAGUUCCAGAAGAUAGACGAGUAGCACUGGUUGCAACAAGGCUUAGAGGUCGGGCUGGGGCUUGGUGGCAACAGGUGAAGAAGACAAGGACUCUACAAGGAAAAGGAAAGAUCACGUGCUGGGACAAGAUGAAAAAAAAUAUGCGUUCUGCUUUCCUACCAUACAACUAUACACGGACGCUCUACCAACGGUUACAAAAUCUAAAACAGGGAAACCGUUCAGUUGAUGACUACACUACGGAGUUUUAUCAGUUAGUAUCGCGAGAUGCGAUUGCAGAGGAUGAGGAGUCACGGGUUGCGCGAUAUAUUGGCGGACUGCGGAUUCAAUUCCAAGAUGUUCUGAAUAUGUUUGAUGUAUUGAGUGUGUCGGACGCCCACCAGAGAGCAGUGCAGUUAGAGAAACAACUAGUGCGCAGAAAUACAGGGGGUCUGAACUUUGGAGGUUCUGGUGCAAAUACAAGCAAUAACAGCGGACGAACAGGGAGUAUGAAUUUCGGGGGGACCGGUGCAGGCAGUGCAAGUAGCAGUAGCACACGAACAGCCAUUCCACCAUCUCCUAAUACCAAGCCUACUAUGCCUACACACGUAACGACGCCUAACACAGGUUUUCGUUGUUUUAAUUGCGGGGAACCAGGACACAGGUUCGCAGAGUGUAAGAAAGGACAGCGGAGAGGUUUGUUUUCAGACGUUGAGGAAAUUAACAGGGAACAGGAAGGCGAUGUUGAGGCAGAACCAGUUUAUGAUGAGGAAAAACGUUUAGAGGGGGAUGCUGGACCAAUGUUAAUGAUCCGGCGCAGCUGCUUAGCACCACGCGUGGUAGAGGAUGAUUGGUUGCGCACUAAUGUAUUCCAGUCCACUUGCACAAUUAGUGGAAAAAUCUGUCGGUUCAUUGUUGAUUCAGGUAGCUGUGAAAAUAUAGUGUCCGAGGAGGUGGUCCGUAAACUACACAUGGCAACAGAAUCACAUCCUCGACCGUAUAAAUUAACAUGGCUAGAUAAGAAGAAUGAUGUUACAGUAUCAAGACGCAGCUUGGUGUCUUUUUCAAUUGGCACAACAUACAAAGAUCAGAUUUGGUGUGAUGUGGUCUCCAUGGACGCCUGUCAUUUAUUAUUGGGCAGACCGUGGUUAUAUGAUCGACAUGUGAUGUAUGAUGGGUUUUUGAAUACAUGCACUUUCGUAUUCAAUUCAAUUAAGGUUGUGUUGUUACCAAAAAAAGAAGUUACAGGCGGCACUCCAACAGGAGAAAACAACAAUUUAUUGACAAUGGCUAAGUUUGAAGCAGAAGUCAAGGAAUCUGGGGUUGUUUACGUGCUGAUCGGAAAAAUAGAGGCUGAGAAUGGCAUUAUUCCAAGCAGCGUGGAGCCAUUAUUACAGGAGUUUGGAGAUAUAUUUACAGCUGAGCUUCCUGAAACCCUACCCCCAUUAAGGGACAUUCAGCAUCAAAUUAAUCUGGUCCCUGGUGCCAACUUGCCCAACAAGCCACAUUAUCGGAUGAGUCCGAAGGAGCAUGAAGAGUUACGGCGCCAAGUAGAGGAAUUGCUAACAAAGGGGCAUAUUCGGGAGAGUCUUAGCCCAUGUGCGGUGCCUGCCCGUCUAACCCCAAAAAAAGAUGGAAUGUGGAGAAUGUGUGUUGAUAGCAGGGCCAUUAAUAAAAUUACAGUUCGUUACAGGUUUCCAAUCCCGCGGUUAGAUGACUUGCUGGAUCAGUUGAGUGGAGCCACAAUAUUCACGAAGCUGGACUUGAAGAGCGGAUAUCACCAGAUUCGUAUCCGGCCGGGAGAUGAGUGGAAAACGGCCUUCAAAACUCGGGAAGGACUCUUUGAGUGGUUGGUCAUGCCUUUCGGGCUGUCUAAUGCCCCAAGCACAUUCAUACGAGUGAUGAAUCAAGCCUUGCGGCCUUACAUUGGUAAGAGCGUGGUGGUUUAUUUUGAUGAUAUUUUAAUUUAUAGUGUUGAUCCUAGAAUGCACCUACAACAUCUCCAGGAAGUUUUGACCGUGUUAUGUAAAGAACAAUUCUUCGCAGCAAAAGGAAAAUGUGUGUUCUUAAGUGACCAGGUCUUGUUUUUGGGAUACAUUGUGUCUUCUAAGGGGCUUUCAGUAGACGAGACAAAAAUUGAAGCAAUCAAACAGUGGCCACAGCCGCAAACCAUGACUGAUGUUUGA